UCGAGCCUGGCUAUAAAACCCAGAAGGGGAGAGGAGAGAGUGGGAGAGGAGUCGGACUGAGAGGUAGACAGUGUAUGCAUGUGUAUGUGUGAGGGGGGAAGCUGCCAGGUGAUCUCACAGGGAAAGGGGUGUAUAAACACCCAGGAGGUUUCCAGAAUCCCCCCUCCCCAAACAAAGAGACAGAGAGGGAGGCGGAAAGGAGUGGAUCCACACUGGGAAAGAGCGGAACAUCUGGGAAGUUUAGGAGCCGGGUUUGGAACGCGUUUAUGGAGCAGAGACACAGUGUGCCCGGAGCAGUGGAUCCCCGCAGCUGGAGAAGUGUGUUCCCGGAGCUGUAGCAGAGUGUUCCCGGAGCAGAUACAGAGUACCCCCAGGCUGGAAAGAGUGUAUUCCUGGAGCAGAGACUGAACGUCCCCGGAGCUGUAGCAGAGUGUUCCCGGAGCAGAUACAGAGUACCCCCAGGCUGGAAAGAGUGUAUUCCUGGAGCAGAGACCGAACGUCCCCGGAGCUGCAGCAGAGAGAGAUUUUCCCCCCAGCCCCGGGGCUGCAGGCCUGAAGCGGCAGUAUGUGUGUACGGCGAUUCGUGCUGCUUCUGAGCGCCCUGGACCUGGCGGUGAUGACUGGGGCACUGUCUACGUGCACUACGCUGGACACUGAGCACAUCAAGCGGAAGCGGGUGGAGGCGAUCAGGGGCCAGAUUCUCAGUAAACUGAGACUGACCAGUCCCCCGGAGGAUCCGAGUCCAGCAGAGGUACCACCCCAAGUGCUGGCCAUGUAUAAUAGCACCCGGGAGUUACUGCAGGAGCUGGCCAGGGACAGGCAGCAAGGCUGUGUCACCCACAACACCGACUUCGAGUACUAUGCAAAGGAACUGUACAAGUUUGAUAUGAUCCAGGGCCCUGCUGUGGACAAUGACGUCAGUUCAUGCCGUGGGAUCACAUCGAAGGUUUUCCGAUUCAAUGUGUCCUCCAUGGAGAAGAAUGUUUCCAACCUAUUCCGGGCAGAAUUCCGAGCUCUCCGUGUUCCAAACACCAGCGCCAAACGGAAUGAGCAGAGGAUUGAAGUGUAUCAGAUUCUGAAGCCUGAUGAUCAUAUUGCCAAACAGCGAUACAUUGCUGGCAAAGUGGUCCUUACAAAGGGGAUCAGCGAAUGGGUGUCGUUUGAUGUCACUGAGAGUGUGAAGGAAUGGCUAAUUAACAGAGAUACGAAUCUCGGUUUGGAGAUUAGCGUUCACUGCCCGUGUCACACCUUCCAUGCCAACGGUGUCAUCUCCAAUGAACAAGAGGUCCUGGAUGUCAAGUUCAAGGGGAUUGAUGACUAUGAAUUCGCAGACAGUGCGGAUCUGGGCAGACUGACCAAACGGAAGGAGCCAAAGCUGGUGCACAUGGGUCCGACAAACCCCCACCUGAUCCUCAUGGUGCUGCCCCCACACCGUAUGGACAACAAGCAGCAACACAGCCACCGCAAGAAACGGGCACUGGACACAGCUUAUUGCUUCAGGAAUGAUGAAGAUAAUUGUUGUGUGCGACCUCUCUAUAUCGACUUCAGGCAGGACCUCAGGUGGAAAUGGAUACAUGAACCCAAAGGAUACUAUGCAAAUUUCUGUGCAGGUCCCUGCCCGUAUCUACGCAGCACCGAUACCCAGCACAGCACGGUUCUGGGACUGUACAACACAUUAAACCCAGAAGCAUCAGCGACCCCAUGCUGUGCUCCUCAGGACCUCGAGCCUCUUACCAUCCUGUACUAUGUCGGUCGAACACCCAAAGUGGAACAGCUGUCCAACAUGAUUGUCAAGUCGUGUAAAUGUAGCUGAGAUCCCUUACGUUGUGUGUCAGUGCAGCUGGGUGGUGAGGUUUGCAUGUUUAGGUGCGCAAGGGAUAGGGGUGUAUGUGUACAAGGAACCUGUGUGUGUAUGUGUCUGAGGUCUGUUUGAGUAACGUACGUGUGAGCAGCCUGAGACCUGAAAAGCCACUGUCCUGUAGGUGCAGGCUGGAGAGGGAUGGUCCCUGGCUGAACUGGCAGGAGAAACUCAACAAAGACAAAAGGGGGAAAACGUCUGAGGAAGAACCUCGAAUCUGAAUCACCCCAGACCAGAGUGGGAUGGAGUGACCAACUGUCCAAUCACACUGUACUCAUGGGUCUUUGAGCUGUGUCCUGGUGGAUUUUAUGGACAGCAAACAGACGGAAUCUGAGAGCUUUGGCUGAGGAUGAUUCACAUCAUGAGAAACGAAGGCCAGUGGAUUUACAGAAUUCAAAGUGAAUUCAAAAGAUUUUAGUAAUUUUUUUUGCGCUGUGCGCAGUCUUGGGAGAGGGAGGUUAUGGUAUUGGUGAGGGGCUGGGGUGUAGGGUGUAAGGGGAGGGUUAGAAUCAUGGAUUUAAUCCCCAGGUUGGAAUGUAGCCAGUCGAAGCUUGUUUCCCUGUUGGUGAAUUUCAAAAGCUCGCAGGGGGCCAGCCGUGUUCACAGGGAUAGUCUUGUUCAUGAGGGGCCAGCAUUGCUCACGAGGGACUAUCUCACUAUGGGCCACAAUCCCAAACAUUCCAGAGAGCUUCCAAUAAUUUUGGUCUAAUUCAGACUGCAAUGUCUAGGAGUCUAUGUGUGGGACAUGAGACUAAAGCUUUGCUCGCCCAUGGCUGGUGUUUCUGGGAAAUGAUACAGACCUUUCUGGAACAUUCUGUUCCUAGGCAAAUUUACUUCCAGCUGAAAAUGGUGACAUCUUCCUGUCACAUCACCAGCUCCGUACCUGCUGAAAUUAUUGACUCAGCUUCAAACACUUUUACCCACAGAGACCCUCUUUCUCACCUCCUGACUCACAGACCCCCUUCCCCCAUCACUGACCCACAGAGAAGUCCCCUUCCCCAUCACUGACCCACAGAGAAGUCCCCUUCCCUGACAAUGACCCACAGAGAUCCCCUUUCCCCCGUCACUGACCCACAGAGACCCCUUCCCCCAUCACUGAUCCACAGAGAACUCCCCUCCCCUGUCUCUGACCCACAGAGAACUCCCCUCGCCCGUCACUGACCCACAGAGACCCCCUUCCCCCUUCACUAACCCACAGAGACCCCCUUCCCCCUUCACUGACCCACAGAGAGCCCCUUUCCCCCGUCACUGACCCACAGAGACACCCUUUCCCUCGUCACUGACCCACAGAGAUCCCCUUUCCCCCAUCACUGACCCACAGAGACCCCUUUCCCUUCCCCCGUCACUAACCCACAGAGACCCCUUUCCCCCGUCACAGACCCACAGAGACCCCUUUCCCCCAUCACUGACCCACAGAGACCCCUUUCCCCGUCACUGACGCACAGAGACCCCUUUCCCCCGUCACUGACCUACAGAGACCCGAGGACGGAAUGAGUUACAUUUGCUGAUGAAACCUAGAUGUGUGGAAGAGUGAGGUUAAAUAACUGACAAAGAUCUGGCAGAUGGCGCACAUUGUGGGAAAGUGUGAAAUUGUCCAUUUUAGUGAAAGCAUAGAAAAGAAGCAUAUUAUCUAAACUGAGAAAAGUUGCAGAUCUUUGCGAUGCAGAGAGAUCUGGGUGUCCUAGUGCAGCAAUCACAGAGUGUUAGUGUGUAGGGUCAACAAGGAAUCAGGGAAGCUAAUGGAAUGUUGUUUUAUUAUGAGGUGGAUUGAAAGCAAGAGUAGAGAGGUUAUGCUUCAGUUAUACAAGGUGCUGGUGAGACUGCAUUAGGUGUACAGUAUUGGUGAUAAAUUUGAAUGUACUCCCCAUCACUAAGAAACUAACCACAGAGGAGUCCUCCCCAUCAUUGAGACACUUAUGUAUCUAUGAUAGUCUAUUCCAUUAAUCAUUCUCAGUGUUGAGCUCGUUGGGAAUAUAGGCAUUAGCAACCACAAUGACUGUGUCUGAAUAGGUAUCUGAGUCAGGGAUGGUGUCUGCUUGAUGGUUUGACAGUAAUAAUGCUACCUUCAGGGAACCUCACAUCAGAAAUGUAGUUUUCCGGCUGUUUAAAAUGUUGUCUGUACAGUACUAGCCCUUAAUUUGUCAAGUCCCAGUUUAAAGACAUAGCAAGAACUGCAGAUGAUGGACUCAGAGACAACACAGUGUGGAGCUGGAGGAACACAGCAGGCCAGGCAGUGUUAGAGGGGCAGGAAAGUUGGGGUUAGAACCCUCCUCUGAUGCUGCCUGGCCUGCUGUGUUCCUCCGGCUCCACAUGGUGUUGUCCCAGUUUAAAGGGCUCCAGCUACAGAUAACACCAGCUUUAUCACCUGUCAGAAUAUUGUCCAACUGGAAAUGGUGACUGCUUCCCAUUGCAAUGUCGAUGUUUACCUUGUGACAGAGGGUUUUACCAGGAAUAUUUUAAAUUUAUAACUGCAGUCAUUUUUAGUAUCUUGUCUCUCAGUUCACAUCCAUGCUCUCCUUUUCACUCCAAGGUGCCCUGAUCAUUAAGAGUUGUCUGGUCCUCACAUCCCAAACAUGCAUUUCAUUUUAUUCCUGUCUGGGAUGUUGGUGUCACUGGCUGGUCACUGUUUGCUUCAUAUCCCUGUUUGUUCCACAAUCUGAAAGUGUCAAUUACUCAUUUCAGACCAGGUAAGGAUGGAUGACGUCUUUCCCUAAGAGAGAUUAGUGAACCAGAGAUAAUGGGAACUGCAGAUGCUGGAGAAUUCCAAGAUAAUAAAAUGUGAGGC